AUGUAUCCGCAGUAUCUGAGCCGCAACUAUCCGCUGGAGAAGCAUCUGUUCUUUGUGACCAGGUAUUCCUUUGGUCUGCUCGGACUGCGCUUUGAGCUGGCUCCAACCUUUUGGAGCAUGACGUGGCUGGUCUUCAACUUUGUGAAUCUGGCACACUGCUGCCAGGCCGAGUUCAGCUUUGGCUGGCAUUACAUUCGCAGCAGUCCGGUGGAUGCCAUGGAUGCAUUCUGUCCACUCGCCUGCAGCCUAACGACACUGUUCAAGAUGGCCUGCAUGUGGCGGAGUCGCUCCGAGGUGGCCUCCCUCAUGCAACGCAUUCGCCAGCUGACGGAGCAGCAGCGCCAUGGCGAGCGGGUGCAGCUGAAGAGAAGCUAUUAUCGCAUUGCCACCUUGGUGUGCAUGCUAAUCUUUACGCUCGGCUGCAUCAAUACGGGUGCCUUUGUGCUGCGUUCGCUCUGGGAAAUGUGGAUGCGUCGCGAUCUACCUUUUAAAUACGAUAUGCCCUUCAGAAUGUUCUUUCCGUCCAUUGCACAUCGCUUUCCCAUGUAUCCCUUGGCCUAUAUCUACUCCACCUGGAGUGGCCAGGUUACAGUCUAUGCCUUUGUUGCCACCGAUGGUUUCUUCUUCAGUUUCACGCUCUACAUUACGUUCCUGCUCAAAGCGUUGCAAAUGGAUAUACAGCGUGUCCUGAGACCAGUAAAAGAUCCAAGUCCACGGGAGUGCGAGAAGUGCUGCCAGCAGCUAAGGAAUAUCAUCGAUCGCCACAACGAUAUUGUGGGCAUUGUUCAACGCUUCUCUGUGAUCAUGGCCACGCCCACUUUUGUACAGUUUUUAUCGUCUAGCUUGGUGAUAGCCACCAGUGUCAUCGAUAUACUUUUGUUUUCCGGCUACAAUAUCAUACGCUAUGUGGUCUAUGCGGGCACAGUCAGCGCCAGUCUGCUGCAGUACUGCUAUGGCGGCACUGAAAUGUCAAUAGCGAGCCUGGAACUGGGCGAGGCAGCGUACAAUAGCCAUUGGUAUCAGUGGAACCGUGAGGUGCGUCAGCGCGUCUAUCUGCUCAUAUUGCGGGCCCAGCGACCCGUCACCGUUCAGGUGCCCUUCUUUGUGCCCUCCCUGCCUACUUUCACAGCGGUCAUCAAGUUUACGGGCUCCAUUGUGGCGCUGGCCAAGACAAUACUUUAGACGACAAAAGCAACAAAAACAGUUGUGUUCCACUCGGAAUGGCCGUGCUCGCAACCGAAUGGCGCCACAAGAUUGACUUGGAUUUACUUAAGGCACUUUACACUUUGCCCUGAAAGUAUGCAUCACUCUUUUCAGCACUCGAAUUGCUUAUCAUGCGAAAUGAAAUACGCCAACCCAAGUGUCACCCCCCAACCUUAGAAGACAUCCAAACGAUGGACAU